GGUGGUAGGUCGAUAUCUUACGUCAACUAACCGUAGAUCCCUACUGCCAGCGGAGGAAGGAGGAGGAGGAGGAGGAGAAGGGCGCCUAGGUUAUCUCCCAAAGGCCGGCUGCCGUGUCUCUAUGGGUCCCAUACAUGGCUCGGCGGCUGUUGGCGCCAAGGUGGAAAGCAUCCGAACCGCGCUCCGGGAACUACACGAUCAUCCCGCUCAUGGGUUGCAGGUCAUUAUGGAUUUCGACCUGACCAUGACGGCACCAGGGUCGGAGCAAUGCCAUCACAUGUUUGAGACGUCGCCCGCCCUCCCCGAAAAGCUGAGGAGGAGACUGGCGCCGUUCUUCACUGGGGAAAUCGAGCUAACUACACGAGAGGCGUGGUGGGAAGGGUUCCACGAUGUGCUGAUCGACGCGAAAGUGACGAAGGCGCAGGUUGCGGCCGUUGCCGGUGGGGCCGAUCUAGCCCUGAGAGAUGGAACGGCCGAGCUCAUGUUGCUGCUGCAGGAGCGUGGGGUGCCGUUGCUGGUAGUAUCCGCCGGGAUUACCGACAUAGUGGCGGAAACCUUGAGCAGGAACGGCUUGCUGCUGGACAACGUCACGGUGCGAGCGAAUACCAUGCACUUCGGCGAAGACGGCAAGCUGGAACGGUUCCGAGAGUCCACGCCCGUUCAUUCGAGGAACAAAGACAAGACAGCAGAGAGAGAGAAGGCCUACUUCGACUCUACCAGCCACCGCCGGCGGCUGCUGAUCGUCGGCGACAAACCGGGAGACGCGGACGUCAACACGGGCUUCGCGCCGGACGACCAGUGCCUCAAGAUCGGCUUCUUCGACCACUCUCACGAGCACCCCCACCCAGACCUUCCCCCGCUGCCUGCUCCUCCUGCGGUAACCAUGUCGUCAGCAGCAGCUCCGGUAGCGGCGGCGAGCAACGGCCUAGCCGGCGAGACCACCGCAACGCUAGAAGGGCUCGGUUUCUUGCGCGGGGCAAACAGGCUGAUGCUGCGGACCACGCAAAGCCCGAUGGAAAGCACCGCCGCCGCUGCUGCUGCCGUCCAAGGCAGCGGAGCCUUUCAGCUGUCGACGUCGGCGGAGCAGGAAAGAAUACGGGGAAGGCCGGGGAGCCAGGGCGGGGGCGAGAUUUUCGUGUCCGAGCGGGGGCAGGAGCAGCAGCAGCAGCAGCAGCCUGAGACAACCGCCGUGGCAGAGGAGUUGCUCAGGGCGUACGGCGACCGCUUUGACGUUGUCGCGUGCGGGGGGCACUCCAUGGACUUGGUCACAGACUUUGUCCGGCAUUUUGUCGGCGACGGAGGAAACAGCGCAGUGGCUAGCGUUGACACUGAAGCUAGAAGACACGAGGCGCGGCAGAGUGCUUCUCCGCGGAAGCGAUGA